AUGGCUACGAAGACUUCACCUACUCCCAAUGUCGAGCAAGCGCCACUAACUGAGAUCCAAGAUUUCGGCCUGAUGACACCAAAUACACUAGACAGGAUUUUUAACUCCAUCGGUGAAGUCGAAAACGAAGACGACAGCCUCUUUGUGCCCAUGGGUCCGGUCGAGAACGCGGUUCCCGACACCAUUGCACCUUCGACCGAGACUGCCACAAUCGCUCCGACUCAGACCUUUAUGAAUGCUGAUCCGCAGCCACAGAAUGGACUAACAAACGUCCAGGCCGAUUGGAACAACGCGAACCCAUCGAACCUCCAAUUCUCCGACAACUCUAACUUCGACAUGGAUGAUAGCUUCGCGAACAUCAACGUCAGCAGGGUGACCUCCUCGCUUGAGUUUUCGGCAGUCCCCGGUACUGCAAAUGCGAUCUUUGGUCAACCGCCAAUGCAGUACGUCAACAGCAUGAAUUACUUUCCCCAACAUACGUACGCACAGCCUCCUGGUCACUACACUCAGUAUCCUCCGCCAGAUGCGCAAUACAGCCAGCCAUACCACGACGAUCCAUUCACCGCUCCCAUGGAGAUGAACCCGUACCCAGCAGCUGCAAAUUUCCAGGCGCCUGUGGCACCAAUACCGCCGGCAACCCAACCGAACCAUCCAGCGAUGGUUAGGAGCGAUGCACAAUUGGACUCUAAUUCCUCGGAUUCAGACAGUGCAGGGAAACGUCGACGACGCAAGGCGGCAAAGAAUCCUGUAAAGUACAAGGCGGAAAAGCCCAAGAGAGACGCAAAGCAUGCCUGGGUACGAACGAACACCACUACUAAAGGUGUUACAACACGCACUGGCAAGAUCAACCAAUACGACCCUUCCAAGGUGUAUGAGAAUGUUCCUCACACGAGCGAUUGGUCAUCCUCCAAGUAUUUCCACGAGUACACCGAGGCUGGCGAGCUGGUAGACGGUACUUUCAGCGCAGACCAGCUGCAUGAGUACCUCCACCAGUGGUCCACGUGGAAUGGAGCGGACGGCGCGAGACUUAUCCUCUGGAUCCAGAGAUGUCCUACGGACUCUGCUCGCAGGUAUGCAUCCGAGGGUGGCUCAAAGUGUCGAUUCAAGCACUGCCCCGCGACCAAUAACACAAUCAUGCACGGUCAUUACCGUGUCGCCUUCGACGAGGUUUGGGCCAAGUACAAAACGCGAGCUGACCCGUUCAUCCAGGCUGGGUACGUGCAUCUCUACUGUUUAGAACGCUUCCUCGAUUUCCCUGAGAUCUGCGCAAAGCUCGAUAUGCGACCCGACGACCGCAAGAUGAUCCAGGAGCCGCGGGGUCAUUGGGCCCCGGUGCUUGGAACUCAUGAUGCCGUAGUCGCCAAAGAUUUCAUCAAGCGUUGCAAGAAGGGCACGCUGCGCCAGAACGAACUGUAUGCGAAGUACCCUGUGCACGACGCGUCUGCCCGUGGCGCGCACAAGGAACACGCGUUCACUCUGACUUGCCGCAUGAGCGAGGAGAGAAACGGUCUGAGACCCGAGUCCCAGCAGGAUCAGUUCCGUGGGCGAGGUAAGAGCGCUACUCACAUCACGCAACACAAGGGAAACCUCCAGCAGAUUGCCGAUGCAAAAGCGGUAAAAGCCGGAAAGAAGACGAAUGUGGUGGAGAAUCCAGAAGACCAAGUCACCGAGAUACAAGCCAACAAGGUGGCCUCGCCUAAUCCGCCCCCAAAGCGGGCUGCUGCAUUUAAGCUGAAGGCUCCACCUACACCGCGCCGGCAAACCAAAAAGAGGAAAGCUGCCGCGCCUGAUGACUCUGAGGGUGAGACUGACGACGUACCAGGGAACCGUCCUCCAGUCAAAAAGGCUCGGCAAGUGACCAACGAGGACUUUGAAACACUUGGCCGGAUGAGCGCCGCUCCGUUCAUCGCCAGGAUCUUGCAAGGUGAGCAACCUCUCGAGGAGGAAUUUCCGCCAAUGCCUACUCCAAUGCAGGCGGGGUUCGUUUCUGAGUUGCAGAAUGCCCGCGACCAGUACGCGCGCAUCAUUCGGCUACAGACUCCUGAAGAGUCUGUCCGAUCUCCUGCCGUCUCUCGGCCCACCGUUGUCGCGGAGGUCGCUGACGAUGUGACUGCUCAGCUCAAGCCUCUCCAUGCCCCUUCGCCAGCGUCCAGCGACACGGUCUUCUUACCUGGCCCGCCGCUUAAGAAGGAAGAUGACUUGUUUGGCAGCCCGACAAAGUAA